CGCGAAAAAAGAAAAGUAACCGACGAUUUGCUGCGAGAUCGCUUUUGCUUUUGUUAAAACAACGACGAAAUAACAGCAGAAAAAUACAGAUAGCGGAACGGCAGCAGUAGUUUUUCUUCGGUUAAGAACGGAGCAGUAAAAAAACCAAACUGAAAACAUCAUAAACCCGAUGCAAUUCCCGGACGAUUAGUUGCUGUUUUCCGCCGUUCGCUUGCAUGUAAAAGGAUAACAAAACGGAUCCAUCAUUACUCAUAUCGGCUGUAGCUCCCGAGUCGAAACAAAAAUGGAGUUCUACGCCAUUUAUCUACCCUACAAAGAGGCAGAGCUGUCCAUCAAAAGCUUCUACACCGACAAGGAGGAAGCGCUGAAGGUGCUGAAAGCGCACAAGGAAGCUCGUCUCAAAGCGUUUCGAACUAGCGAACAGGCCGUCGAUUUCUACCUGAACGGGCCGGAACCGAUUCCGGUGGCCCCGAGUGGAUCUAGCAGCAAUGCCAUCACUACCUCCCCGAUGCCGGCACCGAAAUCACCGACUCCCGGCACUGUGAAACUGAAACUGGACAAAACGCCUUUCAAGGGCCCGAAACCGCAGGAGCUGGUGGCGUUCCGGAAGAACGUCGAGAAAAACGAACUGGCCUUGGUGCAGAGCAUAAUCCAGGCCAAUCCUCGCUUCCUGGUGUCGUCUGGUGAUAUGCCAACAAUCCUGAAGGAGGGACCCCGCUACAAUGCGCUGCACGUGGCCGCCAUGGAGGGCAAUGUCGAUAUGUGCAAGCUGAUACUGCAGACGAUCGAAAAUCCUGGCUUCAUCGAACUGCUGCACGGACAGAGAACUGCCUCGACCGAUGAAGUCAGUGCCAUUUUGCUGGACAUGUAUUUGAAUAUGCCGGACAAAAGUCGGGGCGAGACGCCGCUCCACUUUGCUGCCAAGUUUGGUUGCGUUGGGGUUGUUGAGGUGUUGAUUUCUUAUCCGCAGUGCAAGUUGACAAAGAAUUCGGAUGGACAUAUGGCAAAAGAUAUAAUCUGUAGUAGGGCGAAGGAAAAAAACAACACACCGGAAAAUCGAAAAGCCAUCACCGAUCUGCUGCAGGAGCGCUUUUUCGUGCCGGUUCUACGUUCGAUGGAUAACAGCACUCCACCAGUCGUUGGCGAUCCCUUCACUUUGACGAAUCCUCCCAACCUAGAGGCCAAGGACAAGUUCAGCCCCAAGUUGGAAAUAAUGGCAUUUGCCGGACCUAUGGACAAGGAAAAGGCUCAAGUGUUUUGCAAACGGUGGAAAACUCCACCGAGGCUGAUUCCCUCGCCAAAGUUCAUUUCCCCCGUUAAAGCGCUGAGUUCAAGCAAAAUUCCGAUUGCCGCCGGAGGUCCGCUAAGUCCACUUUCUUCGACACCGAUUGUCAAGAAAACUGGCCGUAGAACUCUGUUUCCGAAUCGUUCCUUUGAGCUGGCUCUAGAACAGGAGGAACAGGAACGGAUAAAUUCCAUCAAUAACAAUUUCGAGAAUGAAGUUCUUAAGGAAGAGGAAGAUCAGGAAGUACAGGAGGAAAAAGAUCUGCAACAAAUGGCCGAUGAUGUCGAAGACGAAAAGAAUGGAAACAGUGGUGGCGUAAAUCCUUCAAAGGGAAGUUUCCGAAUUCCAGCGCUUAUAAACAGUCCUGUCAAAGGAAAAAGCGAACCGAGCAGUUUCCUAUUCCGAAAAUAUCGAGAACGGUUACAGAACAGCUUCGCAACCAUUUAUGACGAAGAUGGAAACGACACCGACGGUGAAGAAGACAUUAAUCGCGCAAAUAACGAUACCAAGAAUGGUUUCAACGAGCUGGAUGCUAUCGAUAAAGCCGGCAAUGAUGAAGUUGGUCACAAUUUCAGCUACUUCUGCGACGAAAACAACUCCUUCUACGAGGGGACCAACAUCACCGAGUCGCCCUCCUUCAAGGAGCGCAAACUUCGACUGACGGACACCGAAAAAGGCCUGGAAAUCAUCGGUCGUAACCUGGCCGAAGACCACGACGUGGGCUGGAAUGAAUACUGGAACUUCCUCGGAAAGUUUGCCAACUUCAGAACCACAGAAGGCCUCACUCUCCUGGAAGAAUACCUCUCGAAACGCCAACGUGACCUUGAACUCGCUGAACAGGACGCUGCAUUCCUGCAAAAUCUUCCCAUUUCAAACCAAAACCUGCCCCAAAACAUCCUGUCUCAAAACCCUCAGCACCGUCAAUCGUUACAAUCAAACAAGCAGAACGACAGCCUGCGAUCGCUUUGCGACGCCUUCGACAAAUUUCACGUCAAUGCCUCCCCGCUGCUCCCAUCCUCGAUAGCCAACCUGCGGAAACAACCGGACCAAAUUCGAUCCAACAUAACAAACCCUUACCUUUGCCUGCACAACUCGCUACAGAUCUAUGCCAAGCGCUUUGUCAAGAAUCUAGACGAAAGUUCGACUACCGCGAUGACCAUGGACUUUGGCGGUUUCUUCCAUUCGGCCGUCGUCGAUUGUGUACGGAAGCUGAACUCGCUGGUCGAUAACUACCGGAAGGAUGCCGCCUUCGGGGAGAUCGAUUUCGGGCGGGUUCACUCGCGCUAUGCGCAGCUGGUGGUGAUCGGCAUCGAGCGGCAGCCGGAAACGGCCGGGAAAAUGAUUCAUCGCCUAAUGCUGCUGCUGGACAAGAGCAGGGAGUUGAACUCGGCCAGCAAGUAUCCGGAUCUGCACGACAGUCUGGUUUGUCUGCAGAACUUCCUGGAUCUGUACAUCCACAAGAAGGAAGAAUUGGUGCGCAAAACAACUUCGGAAUCGCUGGACUCGGAGCCGGAAAAGCUAACCGAAACCGGCUGCAGUCGAGUGUGGCAGGAAGACCCGCUGAUCCGUUGCUGCAGCUGUCGCAUCGACGCGGGUUACACCAAAAAGGGUAGCCUGGAGCGGCUCAACAAGCGCCGGGAACAGCGAAGGAAAGUGCAGGCCUUACACAAUCAGUUGGUGCAACAGCAGCAAACGCCGGAAACAACCGCCGAUUACAAUCGGGCUAAUGUGGGCGUUGACGUUGACGUUGCUCGUUCUUUACUGUCCAGUUUCACCGUUUACCGGGAUCCGAAAGCUCGCGAGGCUGGUGAAAAGCUGGACGAUGAGGACGAAGAAUAUUUCAGUUGUAGCGAUACCGAACCGGACUCUGAUUCUGAUGAUGCGAACGUAAGCUACGAGACGCCUCCAUCCAGUCCUUCGUUCUUCUCGAACCAAACAGGAUCGACGAGUUCCGGGGUACAGUUUGAUUUCAGCGUCAAUUCGAUGACAGACGAUGACAACGGUUCGGCUGGUGCUGAUGAACAGUUUAUGGACAGCAAUGGAGAUCUGGAAGACCCGCAGGCGAGUCCUCUCGAAGGCAGCGAACCGCAAUCACCGGUGACAGAGAUUUACAAAUUUUACCUUGAGGGGCAGGAACCCAGCAAGCAGGACCUGGAUGUGCUGAAUGUGAUCGAGCUUAAGACAAUCGACGAGAGUCAAUUUCCGCACGUACACAAGUGGCGUGAAGCCAUACUCAAACUACCGGUCGAGGAACGAGAAAGCCUCGUCAUAAAAUGGCAGAAAUCGCGUUGGCGCAGCAAUAACAACAACUAUACAGCCCUGUCUGACCAAACAGGCCUCAACAUAUCAGACACGAUGGGCCAGAGCGUGCUCGGAAGCUCUCCUCCGUCAACUCCGGUUGGCCCUGUAGCUACAAGGAUGGCCGAAAGGGGUCCUGCCAUGUUUCGAUUUGCGCCUUACCCAUCGAUUGGUGGUGGCCGAUCCCAAAAUGAUUCGAUGGCCUCUUUGGAUGCUAGGUUGAGUUUGAUGAACAUUUCCGAUUACGAUCGACGGUCCGGCCAUCAAGCCCCACGACAUCCUCCGUUACGGUUCUCAACCGCGGCCACCCCGUCGUCUUAACGGUAAUUUUUGACCCUUUAUUUUACUCGCGAUAUCAACAUUAUUUUAAUUUAAGUUUAAGCCACCCUCUCCCCCUUUUUAAACAAUCCGAACCGAUAACAACACCUUGAAUAAAUUUCGUACUUCUUUUAGCCUUAACGAGUUAUUUAUCUAAAAGCAACAAAACCUGAACAAUCGUUUACACGUAAACCUUCCUUCGAUACUAUAGGUUCUAGCAAUAAGUUACUAAAUACCUGCCAAAAGAAUGAAACAACAAAUCUAAUCAUAAAUUAAAACUACACGUGACCCGUUAAGAAAAGGUUGCGCAAAGGUUCCGAGAACCGAAUUUGUUAGUAAAAAAAAAGUUAAGCUAAGCGAUGUUUCAGCAUGCACCAAAAUCACUCCUGGAAAAGUAAGUUUAUGAAAUUUAGUUAUCGUUUGGAAAGAAAGGCAAUCGACUCCGACAAUUAUUAUUUGGUAUAUUCGGCAUGUUUGUUAUUUCAAGCGCUCUCUUUAAAAAAAAAAACAAAUACGGAACAGCUAGAAGGAAUAAUUAAUAUUAAAGUCAGAAAAAAAAUGAGUGGCUGUAUUUUGUACUCGUACUCGUACCACACUUACACAUAUGUACUAUUUUAUACCGAUGAUCUAGCGAUAAGCGGAAUACCUACCUAGAGACGAUGAUGUUUAGACUCCUGGAGCACGUGCGACAAAUGUAACACAAUGUGAAUAGAAACAAUCAAUAGUUUAAACAAUG